AUGUUCAACGAGCCAAAAGAUGCUUCCUCGAAGAAGCCUCUUGAAACUAUCCAUCUUGAGGAGGGCGACCUCGGUACAAAGUCGGCAGCGGAAAAGAAUCAUGCCUCCUCUGAGCUAGAGCUUAGCUGGUCCCCUGAAGAAGAGACAGGUUUAGUCAAGAAAAUAGACCGUCGUGUCUUCCCCAUGCUAUGCAUAGUGUUUGCUCUCAGUCUUCUUGACAGGGUUAAUAUCGGCGCCGCGUAUAUUGCCGGAAUGGGAAAGGACCUUGGGCUGGCUGUGGGAUCUCGCUAUUCCGUCGUCCUCUUAAUGUUCUUCCCCGGUUAUACGCUUUUGGAGCUGCCUUCAAAUUAUCUUAUCCGGCGAGUUGGACCCCGAGUGUGGCUUAGCUUUCUGGUCGUUUCCUGGGGCCUGGUUGUUCUUUUUACGGCUUUCGUCGAAUCUUGGAAGACCUUGACACUUUGUAGAGCACUUUUGGGCGUCUUUGAAGCCGGUCUUCUCCCUGGAGGGAUUUACAUCAUUGGAGCCUGGUAUCGCCAGUAUGAAUGUGCGAGCCGAGUCUACCUUUUUUAUAUGUCGUCGGUGGUGGCAGCUGCAUUCGGCCCAAUCCUGGCAUACGCUUUGUCACUAAUCAGUGUCGGCAAUGGCAAUUUCGCUCACGGCUGGCGUUGGAUUUUUCUCAUCGAAGGUCUCAUCACUGUUGUGGCUGGUCUAGUGUCACCUUUCUUCCUCGUGGACUUUCCUGAACGAGCUAAGUGGCUUACAGCCCGUCAGAAGCACAUAGCCUCAGCCAGGCUGAUGCCCGAUCAACAAGCGAAGGAGUAUAUUCAACCAACGAUCAUGCAGGGGUUGAAAAUGCUCUGGGACUGGAAGCUUUUGGCCUUCUCGAUGCAGUAUUUCGUGUGUUCCGCUUCCUCCUACGUCUUGACUUUCUUUUCCCCGAUAAUUUUGCGACAGGGCAUGGGGUUCAGUUAUGUCAUGUCGCAGGUUAUGUUGUCGCCACCGUUUGUCUUUACUAUCUUCCUCGGCAUGGCCCUGGCGAUUAUUUCCGACAAGUAUAAGACUCGAUGGCCGGUGCUCUGUGGACAAUCGAUGUUAACUGUCCUAGGCCUCUUGAUCGUUCUCUAUGGUCGACUGCCAGGUGUGCAGUACUUUGGACUUUUCUUGGCUGUCUGUGGAAUAACUGCGAACGUCCCUGCGACACUGUCGUAUGGCCAGAGCAAUACAGCUGAUGUCCGGAAGAAGGGCGCUGCAGCAGCUGCUAUGGUCAGCAUGGGCGGUGCAGGAGGAAUCUGUGGAAGCACGAUCUUUAGAUCGAGAGAUGCUCCUCGGUAUCUACCCGGUAUUUGGACUAUACUAGGCUUGCAACUCGCGUUUAUACUUGGAACCUUUGCGCUCAGCAAACAUUUGAAACGGCAAAACAAGCUGGCCGACGAAGGUAAAAGACCAGCUCUGGAAAAUGUAGAAGGAUUUCGGUACGCGCCAUGA